AUGAAUCUACACGAGCCGGUUGAUCCGAAUAAGCCCUUUGAUGAGCUAACUCCGGAAGAAAAGAUGAGAUUGGAGCACAUUAAAAUGUAUGAAAAGCACAAGGGCCAUGAAUCGAUGCACAUGGAAAUGGUUGUGAUACUGUUGGUCACGCUCAUAAUUGCCCAAGUAGUGUUGGUAGAAUGGAAGAAACGCCACUACAGAUCAUACUCGCUAAUGACACUGCUCGGCUUGUGGAUAAUUCCAUUCGUACUCAGCUUACGCAGCCAACACUGGCGGUUUAUCUUCUUCUGGCUAAUAUUCAGCUGCAUCACCGGGCUGGUGAUGCGCAAAGCGGUACGCAAACCGAUCUCCGGCACCACACCGCGGCUCGUGUACAAAUGGUUUUACUUCAUCUACAAACUCAGCUACCUGCUCGGCAUCAUUGGGUACAUUGUGAUGAUGUUUACGUUUUUCGGCGUAAACUUCAUCUUCAACCAACCGCCCCACACGUGGAUGGACGUUGGGCUGUUGCUGGUGUUUUACGGGUUGUACUACGGUGUGCUUGGCCGUGACAUAUCGGAAAUCUGUGCCGAUAAAAUGGCCUGCCACAUUGGGUAUUACACCCCGAAGGGUAUACCGACGAGGCAUCUCGAGCGAAAUGUGUGUGCUGUGUGUGGCAAUCAGUUGCUGACGGACGUGAACGAGUCCGGUGUGAUUGAGAACACGUACAAGCUGACCUGUGAUCAUGUUUUCCACGAGUUUUGCAUCCGCGGCUGGUGCAUCGUGGGGAAGAAGCAAACCUGCCCGUAUUGCAAGGAAAAGGUUGACCUGAAAAAAAUGUUCUGUAAUCCGUGGGAACGUCCCCAUGUGCUGUACGGUCAGCUGUUGGACUGGAUCCGGUGGCUUGUGGCAUGGCAACCGUUAAUACUGUUCAUUGUGCAAGGUAUCAACUGGAUGCUCGGGCUGGAGUAG